UUUCACUUUCCUAUAUUCGCAAUAAGACAGGGUAUAAGAUUCGUUUAAUAAAUUCCGAAAAGUUAUAUCAUCAAUACCAGACUAGUAGUCUUCAACUUGAGGAAUCAUUUAAAAAAAUAUGCGAUGUCUUGCCAAUGGGAAUAGUUUUAAAGAUUCUCCACCUUCCGCUCCAGUUAAUAUAAGCAAAACUUGUAUCUUCCUUAAAUAUAAAGAAGAAAAUUUUACUUUGGACUUUGAAAAUAGUAAAUGUGACGCCAUUCGAUGUAAAUCGGAAGGAUACAUUAGUGAUGUACCUGAAUUUUUGGAUAUGCACCAUUGCAACCUAUCGGACAAUCAUUUAUCGAAAUCGGAUACCGGAUCAGUAUGUUCUAAGGGGACAUGCGUCUUAGAAACAACAAUAGAAGUUAAAGCACAGGCCGAUCCAUGGAGCUCCUGGUCACCUUGGUCACCCUGUCGUGGAGAUGACGUUAUAGGUAUCCAAAAAAGGAACAGGAAAUGCGAAAAGUCGCGUCUAAAGUUAGGAGAGAAAAAGUGCCAAGGAAAUAAUACAGAGUACAAAGUGUGCCAUAAUAAGGUUAGCAGAAAAAACAAAAAAAACAUGGCUCUCUGUAAAGAGCACAACUCAGCGUCGAUAUAUAGUGCCGAAGCUGAUUAUCCGUGUCGUUUAACCUGCUUCGUUGGACCUAAUUUCACGGAUUAUGGAAAUGCUGCAGAUGGAACUCUCAUCAAAACGGAUAAUACGAUAAGCAUGUGUCUAGAUGGCUCUAUUAUACCUGUAGGAUGUGACGACGAGUUUUAUUCAACGGCUAAAUGGGACAAAUGCGGAAUAUGUAAUGGGGAUAAUUCACGAUGCUAUCCUUUCGAGGCUGAGGAGAUGAUCACAUUAACUAAAGUCAGGACAAAUAUAACGUAUUUGAAGGAAGGCACAACAUUUCUACUUUUUAGACUAACUUCAAUAAACUCUAAAGGAUCCGAUGGAGCUAUAAUUAGUUUAGUGUUAAACCGAAAUGGAAAGAACUAUAAAGGGAAUUUUAUAAAGAAGCUUACUGAUAUAACCUAUGAGAAAAAUAAAGAUUUUGAAGUCAUAACUUCGGAGAAGCUAGCAAGUCCCCUUACGAUACAAAUUCUAAAGAAUUUAGCGGUCAACAUGGAUGUAGGUUAUAAACUGAGAUACGCCAUUCCUAAAUGA